CUCUGUCACUGUGCAGCCGCAGCGGGAAGUUUACAGCGAGGCACAAAUGUGGUCAGAGUUGGCGGAGCAUUUCAUAUUCUGUCUCGUAUGAAGUGGCUUUGUUUCCUCGAGUCAUGUAGUCAGAAGUUGUUUCUGUCUUACCUUUUGCACGCGGGACGCUGAGUGAGCAACUGCCGACUUGACAUUCAUUCAACCGGGCAGUGGGUGACAGCUUCGGUCUCGACAGGCUCAGAGAUGAAGCCAAACGAUUGCAACAUCAUCUUUGCCAGGAGGAAGGGGCCUGCUGCUUGAUACAGGCUGGUCGGUGACUGCCGCAUCAUAGAUCAACUACAAGAUCAGAGGCAGAGAUCACACACACAGGGGAGCUGCAUCAUAGGAUGUACAAAGACUGCAGAUCAAGCCGAGUCACAGGACUCAACGCUCUGCCCUUUGAUCCAUCAAGCAACAACGACCCUCUCCACUUCAACGGCUCCAGUGGGCUGGUGACAGAGUGUCCUCCUCUGGAAAACACUGCUGAGAAUAGCAAGAAGAGGAAGAGAACCGUCCUGCCUCCGGAAGGGAUCUGUAACAUGGCUAUGGACUCCAACUCAAUAACAAUGCCCAUGUCAGACCCCAACGCCUGGGCUACCGCCAUGAACAACCUGGGGAUGCCUCCCAUCGGAAUGACUGGACAGCCACUCAUGCCAGAUUUUGACCCCAACCUCGGUAUGAUGGCUGGAAUCACCCCCAUGAACCCCAUGAUGCCCGGCCUCGGUAUCGUGCCUGGACCGCUCUCCCAGGGAAUACCGGUUAUGAAGGAGAUCAUCCACUGCAAGAGCUGCACCCUGUUCCCCCCGAACCCCAACCUUCCCCCUCCGGCCACAAGAGACCGCCCUCCAGGGUGUAAGACGGUGUUUGUCGGAGGUCUGCCAGAGAACGCCAACGAGCAGCUCAUCAUGGAGGUCUUUGGACAGUGUGGGGAUAUCACCGCCAUACGCAAAAGCAAAAAGAACUUCUGCCAUAUCAGAUUUGCUGAGGAAUUCACGGUGGACAAGGCGCUCUUCCUGUCAGGUUAUCGUAUCCGUUUGGGCUCCAGCACAGACAAAAAGGACACCGGUCGCCUCCACGUGGACUUCGCUCAGGCCAGAGAUGAUCUGUACGAGUGGGAGUGUCAACAGCGAAUGAUGGCCAGAGAGGAGAGGCACCGGCGCAAGAUGGAGGAGGAUCUCCUCCGGCCGCCCUCCCCACCUCCCAUCGUCCACUACUCGGAACACGAGUGCAGCCAGCUGGGAGACAAGAUCAAAGACGAUGGCAAGUUUGCCGAAGCGGUGCGUGUGCUCUCCACUUGGCUGGAACGCGGCGAAGUCAACCGCAGGAACGCAAACAACUUCUACUCCAUGAUCCAGUCCUCCAACAGCCACAUCCGCCGGCUGAUGAGCGAGAAGAGUCAGCAUGAGAAGGAGAUGGAAGAGGCCAAAGAGAAGUUCAAGACGGCCCUGUCCGGCAUCCUAGCUCAAUUUGAACAGAUUGUGUCUGUAUUCCAAGCCGCUUCCAAACAAAAGGCAUGGGACCAUUUCUCCAAAGCUCAGCGCAAGAACCUGGACAUGUGGCACAAACAAGCCGAGGAGAUUAGAAAUAUGCACAACGAGCAGCUGAUGGGCAUCAGACGAGAGGAGGAGAUGGAGAUGUCCGAUGAUGAUAUGGAGGACGCCCCUGAGGACUCGGAGGACUCAGGUGUAUCCCAAGCAGAAGCCUUGAAGGAGGAGAACGACUCACUGCGCUGCCAACUGGACGCCUACAGGAACGAGGUGGAGCUCCUCAAACAGGAGCAGGGCAAGAACCAACCGAUGAGGAGCGAGGAGGACAACACGCACUCGCAGCAACUCAGCUUCCUACAGCAGACUCUGCAAGGCAUGGAGAAGCAACUGUUGAAAAUGAGGGACGAAUUAAAGCAGCGGGACGCCGAGCUGGAGAAAAGCUUUGAGGACAAGCAGCAGCUGAAGAACCAAGUGCAGACGCUGAAGGAUGGUCUCCAGAACCUGCAGAACGCACACGCAAUGCAGCUGGAGAUGUCCAAGCAGGAUGACAGAGGCGGCGAGGAGGGCGCUCAUCAAACCAGCGAAGCAACAGUGGUGUCGUGCAGUCAGGAGAAGGAAGGUCCGACAGAGAAGACCCCACCGAGUCCUGUCCACUCCGAGAGGGAAGCACUGCUCGUGGGGAUCAUAUCAACGUUCCUGCACGUUCACCCGUUCGGAGCGAGCAUCGAGUACAUCUGUUCCUACCUGCAGCGUUUGGACACCAAGAUCAACCCUGGUGAGGUGGAGGCCCUUCUGUCGCGGCUGCCCUGCACCUUCCGACAGGAGCUGACGGGGGUCGGUGCCAGUCUGGAGAAGCGCUGGAACUUCUGCGGCUUCCAGGGCAUCAAGAGCACAUAAACUCUGCCCCGUGACACUCCUGGGAUGCGGAAGAGACGACGGGGCCCGGCGCAGAGACACUGAAGCAAUGUGAAGGAGACGAUACAAAGCCCCGCAAAUAUCAAAAGCGUGUGAGCUGCGCCUGACGGGACAAGGACACAUUAGACUGAGCACAGGUCUCGGAUCCGAGCGGGAUGUUCCACGAGCGUUGCAGGGACUCGGCGUCGGUGGCCGAGGCGAAGGAAACGGAGCAUUUCCAUGGUGACAGGAAUGUUGAGACCCAACCAUGGUGACCUCAAGUCGUCAUGAGGCUGAACCUUCCAUUCUUUUUUUUUUCUUCUCCAAUUUUUUUAAAGUGCAAAUCACUUUUAGACCUAGCGACUCACUGGGAGUUACAGCGGAGCAGCGCGUCACGACAGUAGCGGGAUUAUUACAUGACUCUCUCACGCACGUGGGCGGGGCGGUGAACACUCGGGGCCCUGGUGUCGGCUCCGUGUGCUGCCGGCGCGGCCCAGGACGACAGGGCUAACGAGCCAUGGAGGUUCAUCAGGGUCGAAGUGAACACUUCAAACCUCUGGAC